UCCAAAAAUUCCAGGUUCAUUUCUCUGUUGCUCGGCUUCUUCAUUCCCGUCCAGAAUGCCCAAGCUUUAUAAACAUCUUUGCCCUCUUGAGAGGCCCCAUUUCUCGAUUUCAUCUUCUUCAAGUUCAUGCUCGCAUCUAUCAACUAGGAGCCCAUCAAAACGAUUGGGUCGCUACGCGUCUCAUUGGUCGUUACCCAUCUUAUGUAUCUCUCCGGAUUUUUCAUCAACUUCAGAAUCCUAACAUCUUCCCUUUCAAUGCCAUUAUCAGAGUCCUCGCUGAUGAGGGUCAAUCCUCUCACGCAUUCUCUGCGUUCAAGAAUCUCAAACGACGAUCUCUUUUGCCUAAUGAUUUCACCUUUUCUUUCCUCCUCAAGGCAUGCUUCUCGUCCGCAGAUGCCCGUAUCGUUGAGCAAGUUCAUUCUCAAAUUCAGAAGAUGGGUUUGCUUAAUAAUUUAUUUGUUAGUAAUGGAUUGGUCUCAGUCUACGCCAAAGGGUUUCAUGAUUUGGUCUCUGCACUUAAAGUGUUUGAUGAAAUUCCUGACAUAACAGUGGUUAGCUGUUGGACUUCGUUGGCCAAAGGUUAUGCUGAAUCGGGUAAGAGUGAAGACGUUUUGAAUCUUUUCCGGGUGAUGAUUGAGCAAAAUAUACAUCCAGAAAAUGAUACCAUGGUCAGUGUGUUGUCAGCAUGUUCUAACUUUGCUACACCAACUAUUCAGAAAUGGGUUGCCAUUCUUUCGGAACUUGUUGAUAACACUGACCCUGAAGAAAUUUGCCGUGACUCCAUUAAUACAGUCCUCAUAUAUCUUCAUGGAAAAUGGGGAAUGAUUGAGACGAGCAGAGACAGAUUUGAUCAGGUUUCUUCUAAGGGUAAAAGAAGUGUGCUUCCUUGGAAUGCUAUGAUAAAUGCGUAUGUUCAGAAUGGUUUACCUUUGGAGGGUUUAACUCUUUUCCGCACGAUGGUGGAAGAUCAAAUAACUGAACCUAACCACGUUACCAUGGUUAGCGUUCUUUCAGCUUGUGCUCAAAUUGGUGAUUUGGAUCUGGGUGUGCGGGUUCAUGAAUACAUGAUGUCCAACGGACGAAAGGGUAUUAUUGGAUCAAACCGAAUACUUGCUACAGCAUUACUUGAUAUGUAUUCUAAAUGUGGGAGUUUAGAUAGGGCAAAGGAAGUUUUUGAACAUGCAGAAUCCAAAGACGUUGUCUUGUUCAAUGCUAUGAUCAUGGGUCUUGCAGUAAACAGUGAGGGAGAGAAUGCCUUGAGGCUCUUCUACAAAAUGUUUGAAUUUGGCAUAAAACCUAAUGCUGGAACAUUUCUUGGGGUUUUGUGCGCAUGCAGCCACUCUGGAUUGUUAGAGAGAGGACGUCAAAUAUUCAGGGACAUGAAUAUGACCUUUAAGAUUUCUCCUAACUCAGAACAUUAUGCUUGUUAUAUUGAUCUCCUUGCAAGAGGGAACAUGCUAGAAGAAGCUUUGGAAGUUGUAACAUCCAUGCCUUUCAAGCCUAACAAUUUUGUAUGGGGUGCACUGCUUGGAGGUUGCUUGCUCCAUUCCAGAGUUGAAUUGGCUCAAGAGGUUUCCAUGAAGCUUGUGGAGGCUGACCCGAGUAAUUCUGCAGGCUAUGUAAUGUUGGCUAAUGCUUUUGCCUCGAAUCACCAUUGGAGUGAUGUAUCAGCAUUAAGGACGGAAAUGAGAGAGAAAGAGAUAAAGAAGCAACCAGGAUAUAGCUGGAUUAGCUUGGAUGGAGUUGUUCAUGAGUUUCUUGUUGGGUGUUUGUCACAUCCUCAAAUUGAGGACAUAUAUAAUACAUUGGCCAUCUUGGUGAAACAUCUGAGAGUACCAGGCCUGUCUGUCGGUAGAAAUGCUGUGACUAGAGAUUGCUGGGAGACAGCAUCUGAGUAAUUUUUUUCUUU